AGUAUUAAGCUAGCAGAACAGAGCGUGGGCGGCCACUCUAGCUGCAGUCCUUAGUCUCGUUGUCUAGGUUACGAAGUGUGCGAAGGAAGAUGUGCAGAAACCUGGAUGGAUAAGAGCUAUAUCUGCACUACGUUUUUUCUCGAGUUCGACCUUCUUAGCUAUAGUCGUUUGUUGCUGUUGCAAUGUUCGGCCAUUUGUUAGUGUUUUUGACAUUGUAAAACUAUCAGCUGUUGUCACACUUUAAACUGAGUAACCGUAAAUGGCGUAAGGAUAUUCGUGAAAAUGUUGAAGUGUUUUCCUUUUGCUUACCAUAACUUACAAGAAGAUGAAUAUUGUCAUGUGCCACUAAGAAACUCGCCAUUGCGGACGUUUCGUAAGUCGAACGUUACCGUCACUUUGCCAAGGCCCAAGUCCUUACCGACUUCCCCUCAGCCCUUGCCAAACUUCAAACCCAAGAACACAAAACACAUCGAAAAACAGGAGGCUCUUCGUAAAGCGAAGGGGCUGAUCUCGGUACACCAGGGUCCAGAACUUGCGUAUCGAUAUACUCGGUUCUCUGGUUCGUCGCCUCAACUUUUCGACUCAUCCUGUCACAGGACCGACUCCAUGAACCGCACGAAGAUCCACUUGGCAGGAGACGGCAGUAAUCUUACGAGUUCCUCUGAUUUAAGAAGAUCAGAUAUUGUUAGACCUAACGCUUUCCUCAACAGCCCUCCACGGUGUUGGCUUCAUCCGGAUCAAAAGAUCAGAGAUGACGGAGUAUGCUACGGGAUACGUUAUAUUGGUUACCUUGAGGUGAAGACAUCUAUGAAGAGCUUAGAUUUUGACACCAGGUCACAGAUAGCUAAGGAAUGUAUAAACAGGGUUUGUGAAGCUGCUGGUCUCAAAAUAAACAACAAGAAGGGAAAAGUUGAUAAACGAAUAAGCCAGAUGUUAGCAGAGAAACCAAACAUAGAUUAUGCUGGAAUAAAUGUCAACCUUACAAUCACCAGUUCAUACCUCAGUUUGGUAGUCAUGGAAUCAGGAGAGAUUAUGGUAAACCAUGAAAUGCCAAACAUUUCGUUUGCAUCAGGAGGAGAUGCUGAUGCAUUAGAUUUCUUUGCCUAUGUUGCUAAAGAUCCGUGUUAUGGCCGAGCAUGUUUUGUACUUGAGUGUGGUGGUGGUUUAGCACAGGAAGUCAUUACAACUAUAGGUCAAGCGUUUGAUCUGAGGUUCAAAGAAUUUCUUCGUAAAGUGCCCCAUGCCAUAAAUUUACAUGAAAGGAUGGAGAAUCAUGUUUUCAGUGGUAGUAAACCAUUUUGCACAGAUGACUCAGAAUACUGCAAUGACCUCCCAGAUAAACCACCUCCAGUUCCACCCUUACCUAAUUACUUUACAACCACACAAAAUGUUGGAGAGACACCAGUACAUUAUUCAUUAGUCAAAAAAUCUCCAUUAUCUUCUGCUCUUAAAUAUUCAGUAAGCCAGUCAAGGCAAUCUACAAGGUCAAAAGAGAAAGAGAACAUUGCUUCACAUGAUGUUGUAGAGUUUGUACAGAAAAAAUCUCCUCUUCUUCUUCCCAAAAGAUCCAAGCCAGAAUAUGUGAACACUACCAUAAGUACAGAAAAUAAAGGUGGUAGUAAUAUAGGUUCAGUAUUUACAUCAUUGUCCUUCCCUCAAGAACUUCAUACAUCCAGGGAUGCUUUUGACAUGCAGUCACUUGGUAACAGUCUUCCAUCAAACCCAUAUCCCCUCCCACCACUACCACUUCGUUGUGGAUCCUUAGAUUUUAACAAAACGUUUACUGAUUCUUCAUUAGAAUCUGUUUCACCUGCCAUCCUAAAAGAUGCGCUUCAAUUGGAAGAGUGGUUUCACGGGCAAAUUAGUCGGAAAGAUUGUGAAGUCCUAGUUGUACGUGAUGGGGACUUUCUAGUAAGGGAAUCUCAGGGCUCUCCAUGUCAGUAUAUUCUGACAGGAAUGAGAAAUGGACAACGAAAACAUCUACUUUUAGUGGAUCCUGAAGGGAUUGUAAGAACGAAGGACAGGUCCUUUGAGAGCAUUAGCCACUUGAUUAAUUAUCAUCAUGAUAACAGCUUUCCAAUAAUUUUUGCAGAGUGUACUCUUUUCUUGAAAACUUCUAUUUCCAGAACAAAGCCUGUUUGUUGAAAUGGCCAUUUCUUGACAUUCAAGAAGUUAUUGUGUGGUCUACCUAAAUAUGAACCAAUCAAAGUUUUAACAAUACUGAGAGCAUAAUUAAGUUUUAAAGUUUAAUGAACAGUCAGCUAAACAGCCAAGUUUGGUGAUGUUAAUAAAGACGUUGUUUGUAAAGUAUUGAUAUUUUAUUUUGUUAAGUUGCCAAAAAAUCUAGUUAUAAAAGUAUAUUUAGGUAAAAGAGGUGUAGGUGUUAAAAAAUAAAAACUAUGUAGGGAUAAAUUAUUUACAACUUUAUGGAUAAUUAUACUUCACAAAUGUUUGUGUUUUUGAUAUGACAACACAUAAAAAAGGCAUGUAGAAAGACAGAGAAUAAAAUUAAUACUUUGAUUAUUUGUUUAUCUUUGAGAUGCCACUGAAACUGUUGCCAUGUAAGGAAUUUGAAGGUUAAAUUACUAUUGUUCAUAAAAUAGAGCCACAGUUUCUUUGUAAAUUUUUUACAUGUUGUCUAAAAUUGUAGUUAUGCUAUGCCAAUGAAUUGCACUAAGAUGUUAAAAAACUUAUUUGAACCAUUGCUUUUUUAAAAGGAGUGUUAAUAGAUAAAUUGUACUUGUUUUUUUUAUCAUAAGAUUUUUGCUAACUAUGUUAGUCAUAUGAUGUCAAGGGUUUCCAAUCCUAGAUGAUAAUUUACCACAAAAUUCAGACUUCAUGCUAGGAAGAGAUAUGUUUAAGAAAAGACAGAAAGAAAUUGUUAACUAAACUUUGAACUCUUUUUUUUUUACAAAGUAUUUUAGUAAAUAAGUUGGAAAAUUGUAUAGAACUUAUGCCUAGUUAGGAUGAGAUAUAUCACAUAUAAUCAAGUGUUGGAUUUUUUACUAUAAUGUACAUUCCUUGGUCAUCAUAAGCCCCACCCAUACCCCAUAGCUGUGAUGUUGUUUAAAUUCCCCUUGAAUUUGUUGAUUUUAUUUAAGCAUACAUGAAGAAGCCAGUUAUCACAGACGUUUUGAUUUUUUUUCUACCAAACUCUUAAAAAUAAGGAAUGCAGUGGUGUUAUUAAAUUCAUUUUGAAUCCUUCCUAUAUUAGUUAUCAAUGUUUUAAAUUGAGGGCAAGUAUUUUAGAAAUUACUUUCUACUACAUGAUAAGUUGAAGUUUGCAAAGCACAAUUCCUAUUUUGUUAAUUCUUUUAAAAUACUUAAUACUCAUCAUUUGACUUUACAAAGGUCUUAUCUGAAAAAAUAUGUAUGAUGAUGGGCCUAACAAUGCCUCUCGGUUGAAUAAUCAACAUAUUUUACUAAAACCAUGUGUGUUAAAAAUCUAGUUUAAGUUGUUUAAUUUUCUGCAGAUUAUGAAAUUCUCAUGUAUCUUAAGUUAAACAAGAACCUAAAUUGUGUGCCACAUUUAGUAAAAAUAUAUUAGGAUUAUUAUAUUUUCAUUCAAGCACCAGUUAGUUCUUCACACCUUAAGAGUUGAGCAAAAUCAAACUACAAAUUACAGCUAAUCAGAUAUUAGGUGUUUAGAUAGAUACAGUAAAUUAUUCCAAUAUGUUUGGUUUUCUUUCUUAUGCAGCUGACAAUUUGUAGUAAAUGAAAGACUGGAACAGAUUAGAGCAUUUUAUGCACAAGUUUUAUGCCAUACACUGUUGUUCCUGCAUUCAGGGUUUAAAAAAAAUUAUGAUCAUUCGCUCAAAUGAAAGAAUUUCUUCCCUUAUGAAUGUUAAUUUAUGAUAAAAUUGAUAAUUUUUUUUUCAUAUAUUUCAGUAUGUGCAAUAUGUUUUGAAACUUUUUAAGUUAAAUAAUAAAUCAUUUUCAAGUGUGAACUUUGUGAAAAACAGAUAAAAAGUGGCAUAAUUUUGGUUAGUAUUCAAACCAUAAGUUGCAUCAUGAUAACAUCUGAAAGGAAAUUUACUAUUUAUUUUGGUGUAUACUUUUUAUGUAAUAUGUAAUUUUUUGUUCCUUCUUAUUCUAAUGUAAUAACACCAGUAAAGUUAAAAACAUACAGUUCAAUGAAUGUGCAUUGUUUCAAAAUGUUGCUAAUGUUUAGCAGUUUUUUUAUUGGUUUAUUGUUUUUUAUUUGCUAAUAAUAAAAGUUCAAGAAGUAAUA